GCGAGGCCGAGGCAGCGCCGCCGCCCGCAGGAAGAGGAGGUUUCGCCACUCGGCGGCGGCGGACGGCGCUGCCUUCCCCGCGGUCCGCGCCUCCCUGCUCGCCACUGCGUCCCGCCAGUCCUGCGCCCGCAUGGAGGGACACUGACCUUACUCGACCCAACGCGAUCUGACCCGAUCCGCUCCAACCCGCUGCGGCCCGACCCGAUCAGACCCGCGCAGACCCGACCGGAUCCGAUCCGCCAAGCCCCGCCGCGACCCCGGGACCGUGGGCCGCAGGCUCCAGGAUGACGGAGGACGAUUCGUAUCUGGGAGGGCAUGAACAAAUGUUUCACUUGAAUCCUCUGAUAUUUAAUCCAGAAUUAUUUUCACCAGAGAUGCCCCUGCAGACAGCAGAUGGUCCAUACCUUCAAAUAUUAGAGCAACCUAAACAGAGAGGAUUCCGUUUCCGUUAUGUGUGUGAAGGCCCCUCACACGGUGGGCUUCCAGGUGCAUCCAGUGAGAAGAACAAGAAGUCCUACCCUCAGGUCAAAGCCCCUGAAGACUACCCGGCUUGA